CUCUCAUCACCAAUUAAGGCAAGAUGUUCUCUUCUUCAUCUUCUUAUACUUCAUUUUUCAUGAUUCUUUUAGCUGCUUUUAGCCUAUUUCCUCUAGCUCGAGCUCAACUGAACUCGACCUUUUACUCCCUCAAUUGCCCUAAUGUCUCGGCCAUUGUCAACACCGCAAUGCAACAAGCCUUACAGUCGGAUCCUAGGAUUGGUGCCAGCCUCAUUCGACUUCAUUUUCAUGACUGCUUCCUACAGGGUUGUGAUGGAUCGAUUUUGCUAGACAACAAUAGUAAUAGAAGCAUCCAGAGUGAGAAGGAUGCUGCCCCGAAUGCGAACUCAACCCGCGGUUUUGAUGUCGUGGACAAUAUCAAGACUGCGGUCGAGAGUUCGUGCCCGGGUGUGGUGUCUUGUGCGGACAUUCUAGCCCUCGCCGCAGAAUCUGCUGUUUCCUUGGCAGGAGGUCCUUCUUGGAAUGUGUUGUUAGGGAGAAGAGAGAGUACAAGUGCAAAUCAAGCAUUAGCAAAUACCUCAAUUCCAGCCCCAUUUGAAAACUUGAGCAAUCUCACUGCUAAGUUUAAUGCUAUGGGUCUAAAUGUUACUGACCUAGUAGCAUUAUCUGGUAAAUUUUUGUUUCUAUACUUUUAUUUUAGUAAAAUUUAGGGUUUUUGGCUUUUAAAACCAAAAACUUUCCCCGAAUUCCGGUUUUUCCCAUGAACUAUGAGAUUGGAUUUUAAAACCACGAACUUUCACUUCGUUAGGUUUUCCCCCGGCGGGUCAACAGCCAAACCCGGGUUGUCUACGUGUCAAUUUUAAUCCUAUUUGGUAGAAUACUACGUACAAGUCACAAUUGUUUCAUAACAAAUGACAACUUUUAUUUAAACAAAACACAACUAAAACAUUUAUUCACACACCGAAUACUUAAAACAUUUAUUCACACACGCAACACUUAAACAAAUUCCACAAAAACCGACAAACAUAAAUUUAGGGCUUUUUCAUCAUUCUUCUUCAUUGUCUCUCACAUAUUUGGGGAUUUUCGUCCGCCAAAGCUCCGAUUAUUCAAUUCGCGAGGCAGAAAAUACCUUCCAAGACGGACAACGAUAAAACCGUCUUCCCGGAUUACUAUCAGUCCUCGACGUCCCAAUCUUAGCCCGAACUCCAUGGUUACAGAUUACGAUUUCACCUUCAGGCCAACUGACGUUGAAGCUUGAGAUUUGUGAAGAACACGACAUUUAAAUUUCGACCUGCACGCUAGAAAGUGAAUUAUUCUGUCUGAAGAUGAACACGAAAUUUGAAUUCGCCCACCUGAGAUGGAACGAAGACGCCGGAUUCUGAAGAUAGAAAGUAACACCCAAAAAUUAAAAAACUCAGAAAAUUGAUUCGCCUACCUGAGAUGGAGCGAAGACGCCCGAUUUCGAAGUGAGAGGAUGAACGAAGAUGGCUGAAUUCUUGGCUGAAUUCGAUUAUAGGGUUUAUGUGAGUUGGGUAAUGUUUUAAAUGUGAUUGAGCCGUAAAACGACGUCGUCUAAGGGUCCUAAAUCCAGUGGCCAUGUCAUUUUUUCGACUGUCCACGUUGGACAACUUCUGUACCGGAAAUGUGUUAUUCGGGUCGGGUUGGGGAAAACCUAACGAAGUAAAAGUUCGUGGUUUUAAAACCCAAUCUCAUAGUUCAUGGGAAAAACCGGAAUUCGGGGAAAGUCUUUGGUUUUAAAAGCCAAAAGCCCUAAAAUUUACUCAAUGUGUACAGUUAAAUUUAUUAUAUUUCUGCCUUUAAAAACUCAGAAAAAUUGUAAGGGUUUGGAGAUGUGCAUAUGCUACAUUAAUUAGCAUGGUUUUAUUGAUUUGUUGUAUUUAAGUUUGGGAAUAAUGACUUGGAUUGUUUGUUAU